CAGCCAGAGCAGUCCGAGUUUGUCAGGAUGGCUGCUAAGUUUGGUGCUAAAAUCGUACCUUUCGGUGUUGUUAGCGAAGAUGAUAUUGCUAAAGGAGGUGAAUCGGAGGAUUACAUCCCUUGUGCAUGAAGUAAUUGAAAGAUGAAAACAACAGGAGUAUGUUGGCCAAAGGGGUAUAAUGGGAUUCUUGGAGGAUGGAGCAUUAGAGAAUUUUGUGGAGAAGGAUGGAAUGAAGGGUAUGCAGAAAGGUUGGUGGAUUGGUUUUCUAUAGGUUUAUUUUUGUGGAAUCAAAGACAAGAUUUUUUUGGUUGCUGGGAUGCUCUAAAGGAGUUGGGAACUGGUAUUAAAGUUGAUGAGGAUAUUGAAAGAGCUAAUGGCAGAAGAGUGGAUUGGAAUUGGCUAUUAGAGGGAAUAAUGGUGAUUGGUCUGUUUUGGUUCUUUUAGUUUGUAUUAUAUUGUGCUUGAAUAGACAUAUAUUUGUUAGUUGGUCUUUUGUGUGA